CAAACAUGUACCAGAGAGGUAAUCGAUAAAUAAAUAUGAUAUCCUCAUCAAUUUUGGACAACAAACUUGCUGCUUGUCCCAUUUCAUUCCAUUCCAUUCCAUUCAUUCACCUUGUCUUCUCCUCCUUAUCUUACACUUCUCAUUCUUUUCCCUUACUUUCGUUACAAUGAAGUCCCUUUGGACACUUGCUCUUUACCUCGGGAGUGCUAGUGCUGUCGCCAUUGCCCAACCGGCAGCAAAAGCUGAGACCCCUGAAGGAUCCUUGCAAUUCCUUAGUCUUAGAGCCUCAGCUCCCAUAGGCACUGCUAUCAACCGCGACAAGUGGCGUGUUACCUGUGACAGCCAGCACGAAGGAGAUGAGUGCUCAAAGGCCAUUGAUGGUGAUCGCAACACGUUCUGGCACACUGCCUGGGCCGCGGGAGGCACCAAUGACCCAAAGCCUCCUCAUACCUACACUAUCGAUAUGGGCUCUACUCAGAAUGUGAACGGAUUGUCUGUCCUUCCUCGCCAAGACGGUAGCGAUCACGGCUGGAUCGGCCGUCACAAUGUCUUUCUAAGCACAGAUGGGAAGAAUUGGGGCGAUGCCGUUGCAACCGGAACAUGGUUCGCUGACAACACUGAAAAAUACUCUAAUUUUGAGACUCGUCCUAUUCGUUAUGUCCGUCUUGUCGCUGUCACUGAAGCAAACGACCAGCCUUGGACCAGCAUCGCCGAGAUCAACGUCUUCAAGGCAGAUUCCUAUACCAGCCCUCAAGCCGGUCUCGGAAGCUGGGGCCCGACACUUGACUUUCCUAUUGUUCCGGUGGCUGCUGCAGUUGAGCCAACAUCAGGAAAGGUUCUUGUUUGGUCUUCCUACCGUAACGAUGCGUUCGGAGGCUCCCCUGGCGGUGUGACAUUGACCUCGACCUGGGAUCCUUCCACGGGUGUGAUUUCUCAACGCACUGUAACUGUCACCAAGCACGAUAUGUUUUGCCCUGGUAUCUCUAUGGAUGGAAAUGGGCAGGUCGUUGUCACGGGUGGCAACAAUGCUCAGAAAACAAGCCUUUAUGACUCUUCUAGCGAUAGCUGGAUCCCAGGGCCUGAUAUGAAAGUUGCCCGCGGAUACCAGUCAUCAGCAACUCUAUCGAAUGGUCGCGUCUUUACUAUCGGCGGCUCUUGGAGCGGUGGUAUAUUUGAGAAGAAUGGCGAAGUAUAUGAUCCAUCUUCAAAAACAUGGACCUCACUUCCAGGAGCUUUGGUCAAACCAAUGUUGACAGCAGACCAACAGGGCCUCUACCGUUCUGAUAACCACGGAUGGCUGUUCGGCUGGAAGAAGGGAACCGUUUUUCAAGCCGGGCCUAGCACUGCUAUGAAUUGGUACUAUACCAGUGGAAACGGCGAUGUAAAGUCAGCCGGCAAGCGUCAAUCAAGCCGCGGUACAGACCCAGAUGCGAUGUGCGGAAACGCUGUUAUGUAUGAUGCAGUUAAGGGAAAGAUCCUUACGUUUGGCGGCUCCCCAAGUUAUCAAGACUCUGAUGCCACUACCAACGCUCAUAUCAUCACAAUUGGCGAGCCCGGAAGCACACCCAAGACAGUAUUUGCUAGCAACGGCCUGUAUUAUCCUCGAACAUUUCAUACGUCAGUUGUUCUUCCCGACGGAAACGUUUUCAUCACAGGUGGCCAACAGCGUGGUAUUCCUUUUGCCGACUCGACUCCCCAGCUUACACCAGAGCUUUAUGUCCCUGAUGCAGACACUUUCUACAAACAGCAACCAAACUCCAUUAUUCGAGUCUAUCACAGUCUUUCCUUAUUACUGCCUGAUGGUAGGGUUUUCAACGGUGGUGGCGGUCUUUGUGGUGAUUGCGAUACCAACCAUUUUGAUGCCCAGAUCUAUACGCCAAACUAUCUGUACAAUUCUAGCGGAAAACUGGCAACGCGUCCCAAGAUCACUAAAGUCUCUGCGAAAAGUAUCAAGGUGGGUGGCAAGAUCACAAUCUCGACAGAUACCACCAUCAAGAAAGCUUCAUUGAUCCGUUAUGGUACUGCAACACAUACAGUUAAUACUGACCAGCGUCGCAUUCCUUUAAGUCUGAGGAAGACUGGAAGUGGAAAUGGCUAUUCAUUCCAGGUUCCAAGCGACUCUGGCAUCGCUUUGCCUGGGUACUGGAUGUUAUUUGUUCUGAACUCGGCGGGUGUACCAAGUGUUGCGAGUACUCUUCUCGUUACUCAGUAAACUAUGGCGGCUUCGUUCUUGAGGCAAAUGGACUGUUACUCAAUCUGAUUUACUUGAUAUAUUUCUGCUAUUUCUAGGCUUUCAAAAUAGGGUAUUUUGUAUUUCGUUCAACUUCGACUAUAUAUAUGUAUCUACAUCAGGGGACAAACCUUGGCCUUUCAUCUCAAUCCUUGCCUCUACGUCUGCACUCGGUGACACUUAGUUAGCUCAAUCUUACUACCGCAAACCGCUUUCUGGAUUAGUACUGAG